AUGGUUCAAUUCAAUUAUCAGGCGCCUUGGGUACCUGUUUUGAACAACUGCAUAGACAAUGAACUUGCAGCCACUGAUAACAAACCACCAUUCACCACAUUCCAGAUCGCCACAAUAGACUCCAAGACAGGGUACCCAAAUAGUCGGACGGUAAUUUUUAGAGGCUGGCUAUUCAACAAUAAGUCAAGUAAUGUUAUAACAUUUACUACAGACAAGAGGAUGGACAAGUAUCAGGAGUUGUUGCAAAACGAUAAAGUUGAGGCUGUAUUCUGGUUCAGCAAUAUUAGAAAGCAGAUUAGAUUUAGAGGCAGAGCCAGGAUAUUGGAUGAUGAGCACCAUCCCAAUAUUGACAUAAAGCAUAUGAAGGAGGAAAUCAAUGGCAACUUGGUAUCGCACCAGUCAAGUACCAGUUUAUCAACACAAUCUACACAGAAACAACCUAUCAAAACUCCGUUGUUAUCACCAACAUAUGCAGCAAACAACACGGCACAAGAAGAGUUUGAUGCAGCAGAUUUUGUGCCGCCAACAGAUGAGGAAUGGGAACAGGAGUUGCAAAGAUACUGGGAUGGUCUUUCCAAGCCAAUGAAGACUAGUUUUAGGAAACCAGCACCUAAAAGUCCCAUGACGGAAGAGAACCAGAAAUUGAUCAGCAAGAUCCAACGAGGAGUGGAUGGGAAGAAAUCUGACGAUGGGUUAAAAAAUUUCGCUGUGGUGGGUAUAUUUGUCAACUAUGUUGAUUACUUUGAGCAGGAUAAGGACAAACGGUUUAUAUACGAGUUGGAGGAAGAGAACCAGCACCAAUGGACUGAAACCGAAGUGUGUCCGUGA